UCAUGGAGAAGCUCUUACUUGCUCUGUCCCAAAUUCUUCCACUGCCCAUUAAUAAAUGUCUUGGAACAAGAUCAAGCCCAUCCAUCGCCAAACUUGAAGUAAUUCAAUCGCCGACGAAGCUGCCGACGAAGCUGCUUACGAAGCUGCUUCUGUUCUUCCUCCUCUUCUCGCUCUGGCUCUGGCUCUGGCUCUGGCUCUGCCUCUGCCACUUCAAUUGUGGCGCCGAUGGCUAAGCUGCUCAUGCUCAAGGAGUACCUCGAGCUCGACGACGACGGUUUCGUGCUGGGCGUCGGCGUCACUACCAUCCGCAGCCUCCUCGACGCCGAGCUCCUCAGAGAAUCGGCCAUGAGGAACGCAGCGCGCAGCGCCGCGGCAGCUAACGGGAACGCGCUCGGUAAAUUCGCCGCCGCCAUCGAGGCCGUCAAAGCGCGCUGUUUGCCGUCCUCUUCGCGGCAGGAGCGGGCUACCUUCUCGGUGCUCUCCAGGAAGAAUAAGACGAAGGAGAAAGAUAAGAAGACAAAACAGAGGCUCACGGCGGAUCAGAACCCGUCCGCCGCCGUCGGAUGGCAGUGUCUCCGGUUCCCGUCGCCAGUCAUCAGCAGCGGCCAGAGCAAUUGCUCGCACGCCGCCUCCCCUGCCCCCUACUACCUCCAAGUCAGCUCCUCCACCAGCGAAGAAAGGAAAGAACACUCACCGCCUCCAUCAUCCUCGUCCCAACCAUCGGGGAACGAAGAAGUCACCUCCAUCACCGCCACCCUCUCGGCGGCGACGGAAUUUGAUGGAAGAGAGUUGGAAGAGAACGAGUCCAACGACGAUGCAGAGAAGAUUCGAGUGAAUUUAGUUUCGGUGAUCGACUAUACGAAUAAAAAGGAUUGUGUUGUUGUUGAGGAGGAAGAGGAAGAGGAAGAGGAAGAAGAGUCCUUUUAUCGCAGCCUCGACAAUAUUGAAAGGUCGACGGAGCAGCUGCUGCACCAGAUCCGACGGUUCGAAAUGCUCGCGGAGCUGGAUCCCCCGAUGGAGUGUUGCUCCCUGUCGUCGGACGGGGACGACGACGUGUCGUCGCCGUCGUCGCACGCCGAGGAGGAGGAGGGGCGGGCGUGGGAGAUGUUCGGGCGGCUGAAGGCCAACGCGCCGCAAGGCGGCGGGGAGAAGCUUCUGCUGGACUUCUUCAUCCAAGGCGGCAAAACUGACGGCGGUCUUCUUCUGAUGAGGCAGCGUGAGACGACCACAACGACGGAGUUGCUCCGCACGGCCAGGCGGUGGAUCGACGGGAGUCCGGGCGGGGAGGUGGAGGAGGACUGCGGGCACGGGGAGGCGGCGACGUUGAGGGAGAUGGAGAUUAACGGACGGUGGAGAUGCUUCCAUGAGGAGGUGGACGAGCUGGCCCUGCGGUUUGGAGACGCAAUGCUUCAGUUGCUCGUGGAAAAAUUAGUGAAAGAACUAGCAUCACAAUUAUAACAGUAAAAAUAAUAAUCCAAGAUUUUCUUCUUUCUUUUUGCUGUUUUGAUUCUUUGAUUCGCUGAUGGAGAUUGCAUAGUUUGAUUCUGUUGGUUGAUCAAAUAAGAACAAUAGUUUGGUAAUA